AUGAGAUCGGAGAGAUCCCUUGAGGCACUUGCCUCCCUUUUCCGACUGGUUAAGCGUACUGAGGGUGGUAACAGCUUGCUAAUCGAUCCAGAAUUCAGAGAUGUUGUCCAGCAGGCUCUGGGGACAGUAGAAGAGUGGAUGCGUACGAUGCAUGAUGGGCGAGCUAGGCUUGCCACUGCACCCAUCAUAUCCGCUGUCUUAAGCGCCUUCUAUGUGAAGAAGAGUCGUGUGGUGGAAGCGGUGUUGCCAGUGCUGCAGCAGUUGAUUCAGGGAUCUUUUAUCCCAUACAACACGGCCAUCAUUCUUUAUCAGUCUCAGAACAACAAGAAAGCACUUCUGUGUGGCGAGGCCUUGUUCUGUGCCAUGGGCGACUUCCUCAGGCACGCGUCUGAACCCGUCAUGUACCUGAAGUGUGUGGAGAUUUUGCACGAUAUUGUGAGCGAUGAUGGGUUUUCUUCAUUUACAGGAAAAUGCGUCACACGUUGUGUGCAGAUAUGCUCCCAGAUAACACUUCAAAGUUCUCAUGAAGGCGCUCGGGCUAUUAGCCGGGAUCUGUUCCUCCUCUGCGUCCUCCGCGUGACGCGGAAUUUUGUGGAGGCUGCUCUACAGGAGUCGGAGUCCAGCAUAUUUGCCUCUAACACAGUUUUAGAUGACUACAUGCAUGACGUGGAGCCCGAUGCCCCCUACACAAAGAUUGUCAUUGAGGGUUUUACCACAUCACUGGAACCGGAGAAUCGGGCCGAUCGGUUGAAAAGCAAUGAGUUCAAAGAAGAAUCUAUGACGCCUGCUGUUGAGGAUACAUUGAUUUCAAGUGGCUCACUCCGCCCAUUUGAAUACCUCCGCGGCAGUCUUGAUGAUAGUAUUGUGGCAAGUGCAGUAUCGACGCUGCGUGGAGGAAGCCGCUUCCCUGACGCCAUGAAGGACCUGCUGCUGCUUAUUCGCCACACAUGUAAACUUGCGUCGAGGGCGUGUAGCGGGUCAGGAUCUACCAGUGAGGCAAACCCAGAGGUGCGAGCGCGGCAACUCGCACUGGAGAUGGUAGAGGCGGUGUUCCUCGAGCUUCCUGUAGCGAACUGUGAUGUAGAACACCGCUGUGCGACGUGGCUUUCGCUGGUACUUGCAGCGACCAAGUACGAUAUCCUCCGCUGCAUUGCUCGAAAUGUUUCGACUGUCGUGCCUGCCUGUUUCUUUGCCACUAGUGUGCGCGUCCUCACUUUGCUUCUGCGAAAGUGCCACUACCACCUUGCUAGAGAGCUACACGCACUCCUCGCCAUCAUGCUGUUCCCGCUAGCCCAAUCCAAGUUCUCGAGUUUCUCUCAGAAGUACGCAGUACUUGGUAUGGUUCGUGAACUCUUUCGCGUUCCGCACCUAUGUGUUUCGUUUUUCAUCAACUACGAUUGCAAUCCCACCUUUGAUGCAGGGGCGAAGUACGGCGGCAUGCUGGAGCUGAUGGUGGACUUCGUUGUGGGGAUGAUCUUUUCAGACUUCUUUGAGCCAGAUUGGAUCUCGUUGGACCAGCAGCAGCUGCUGCGUAGCGAGUGUGCGAGCGCGAUGCACAGCCUGGUGGAGUCAAUGCUGCGAUGGGUUGCUGAGGACCCGCGGGGGUAUAUGCAGCGGCAGGCGCGCGAGACGGCCGGCCGGGCGCUCACGCAGCCUGUCAACGGCAGUCAUGCAGCGGACCGGUGGCAUGAAGUGUAUCUCGACAACUGGGGCUCCGAUGACAAGGAACAGGAGAGCGACACUUCUGAGUUGCUCUCGGGGGACGCAAGCACCGACUCAUUGAGUGAUGAGGGUGAGGAUACCCAGUCGAUGUGGGGGAAGAAUCGAAAUGUUGGCUACCAUUGGAAACACAUUCACUGCCUCCUGCAGAACAAACGCAUCGCACAGGAGGCAUUGCAGAUCAUCAACAAGGGACGCUGGCGUGAAGGGAUGGAAUUACUCAGGCAGCGCGGCUACAUUCCAAGCACAGACGAGGCGGCGAGUUGGACCGCCUUUGCGAGGUUUUUAAAAACCUACUCUGGCGUCGAGCGCUCGGCGUUGUGUAUGAUAUUUGAGCGGGUGCUGAAGGACCCAGACUGUGACCGCAUCUUGAAGGAGUACCUUCAGCUGUUCUCCUACGAAGGGGUUCCAAUUGACAUUGCGCUGCGGGACACAACGUGUGAGUUCAUGUCGUGGGACCGGCCCACCUUCGAAGCGCAGGUGUGGGGCGUCGUACAGGAGCGCUUCGGCGAGGCGUACGGGAAGCAGAACCCACGUUCCAUCACUACGAAGGACGCCAACGCCAUGGCGGGGGUACUUCUUUUCCUGCAUGCCAGCCUUCACAAUGAAAGCGCAAAGAGCUGCCGCAUGACAAUUGAGGAAUUCGUGAAAAACGGGAAUGAGUGCGUCGAUUUCCCUUUCCCGGAGCAAGAGAUGCGGGAGAUGUAUCACCGCGUGGCGCGGCGAAAGUGGGAGCUAGAUGAGCUGCAGCGAACACCGCGGCAGGUGGAGGUGGACAUGAGUACACCAGCCUUGUCUGCAAAGAUUAGCCAGCAGCAGAUGCGCUCCUCCAUGUCGAAUGCCACCGAUGCAGCAAGUGAAGAAGUGCCAUGCUCAGCAAGAAGAUCAGACUUCACAAGCGGUUCCCCACUACACAUAAAUGUUCCCGACAAACAUGAGGACUCCUCGCUGCUUGACGUGGAGGUGCAACCGUACACGGCGGAACCGGAGGGAUUCAGGCUCCGCGAGUCAUAUCACCAGCGCUACGUGGACGUGGCGGCGCAGCACUUGUGGCGGUUGGAGUGCGAGCACCGUCUGCAGCACGCGGAGCGGUGCGGAGGGCAUCCGUAUGUGGUGCCGCAUUAUGCACAACACGUCCGGCCAAUGCUGUUGAUGCUGUACCCGAAGAUAGCGGCGACGUUAUACAUGGGAUUCCGCGUACUGGAGGAGCAGCCCAUCUUCCGCCUCCUCCUCGACACGUACCAGACACUCUAUGACGUGGCUGCUGCCUUUGUAGUGAAUCUCUCUGGGCUGCGCGUUGCGGUGGAGCGGAUGAUACAGCGCUGUCUGGAUGAGGAGGGCGCGCAACAGCUGCCUCCGCCGAUCCGAGCCACAUUCGCAUUGCCGCUGAUGAAUCUUGUCUAA